AUGGCAACCGCUUCAUCAGAUAAUUUAUUGGACUCAGAUAGUGAAGGUGAACGGCAUUCAAAAUGUCCAGCUUAUUCUUCAAGUUGCGUGGAUUGCUGUCGAAAUUGUCGUGGUCCAAAAGUCUAUCAUGCACGUGUAGUUAGUCUUGGUAGACCAUCAAAAACUCAAAAGUUUCCUUCGAAUAGAAUUAAUAAUCAAAAGUACAAUGUGAUCACUUUUAUUCCACUGGUUCUAUUUGAACAGUUCAGCAUCUUUUUGAAUCUUGUUUUCCUUGUGAUUGCAUGCAGUCAAUUUAUCCCUGAAUUAGGUGUAGGUCAUUUGUAUACAUAUUGGGGACCGCUUGGUUUUGUAAUCGCUGUAACAAUGAUUCGAGAAGCAGUAGAUGAUAUUGGUCGAUGGAUGAGAGAUCGAGAAGUUAACAUGGCUAUUUAUGGAAAAUAUGUACGUAAUAAUAAAGAAAUCUCUGUAAUGAGUUCAGAUAUCAAGGUUGGUGAUCUUAUUCACUUGGAGAAAAAUCAACGUGUUCCAGCGGAUAUGAUUUUGCUAUGGACAUCAGAUCGUAAUGGUUCUUGUUUUAUACGUACUGAUCAAUUGGAUGGUGAGACUGAUUGGAAACUGCGUUAUGCUAUUCCAACUACACACGCCUAUAUCAAUCGUUUAGGUCAUCCAAGUUCACUGUGGGAUAUGGAGGCUCAAGUGUACGCUGAAGCUCCUAGACAAAAUAUACACAAUUUCGAGGGGACAUUUGUUCGUACAGAUGUAACGCCUACAACUCCAACUGAUUCAGAAGCUGCAGAAGUUUCCCUAAACAUUGAUCAUACUCUUUGGUCGAACACUGUUCUAGCUACAGGCAGCGCUGUCGGUCUGGUGAUAUACACAGGAUCAGAGACACGUGCAGUAAUGAAUUCAAGUAGAGUGCGUACAAAACGUGGAAAAAUCGAUCAAGAAAUCAAUAAUAUCACUAAACUUCUCUUCUGUAUUCUAGUUCUCCUAGCCUUAGUUAUGGUUGCACUGAAAGGUUUCACUGGUUCAUGGUAUAAAUAUUGGUGGCGAUUUAUUGUUCUCUUUUCAUAUAUUAUUCCCUUGGCAUUACGUGUCAACAUGGAUUUAGCAAAGAUUGUUUACUCUUUUAUGAUUAUGCGUGAUAGAGCUUUACCAAAUUGUCUUGUACGUAACACAAAUAUACCUGAAGAACUGGGACGUAUUUGUUAUUUAAUGUCAGAUAAAACUGGUACACUAACACAGAAUGAAAUGGUUUUUAAGAAAUUACACUUAGGCAGUGUAGCCUUUGCACCAGAUUCUAUGGAAGAAGUUAUACAGGGUUUACGUAGUCAUUUUACUACUGGUCCUGGGAUUUCAUCAUCAUCAACAGUUCGACGUACAACGAAUGAACGUAUGGCUGAUGCUGUAUUAGCUAUAGCUAUAUGUCAUAAUGUUACACCAAUGAAUGAGAAUUAUUCACCUCCAGGUGGAAUCGAUAUCACAGAUGGAGAUAAAGGAGCUAUGGAAAUGGUAGAACUUUCUGAUCCAGUUGGCUAUCAGGCUAGUUCACCAGAUGAGAUUGCACUUGUCUCAUGGACAGCAACUGUUGGCGUGACACUUGUAUUCCGUGAUUUACACAGAAUGCGUUUACGUCUUCCAAAUGGCUCUAUUGUCGAAUAUGAAAUAUUGAAUUUAUUCCCAUUUUCAUCGGAAUCUAAACGUAUGGGCAUCAUUGUUCGUGAUUAUUCGUCAAAAAGGAUAAUAUUCUAUGUGAAAGGCGCUGAUACAGUUAUGAGUAAUCUGGUCUCCUAUGUUGAUUGGUUAGACGAUGAAGCUGGUAAUUUAGCUAGAGAAGGUUUACGUACAUUGGUUGUCGCCUCACGUGUUCUAACAGAGGAACAAUACAAUGAUUUUUCGAAACGAUAUCAUAUUGCAAAAAUGUCUUUAACUGAUCGUGUCGAGAAAAUGCAAUCAGUUGUAGCCACUUUAGAAACAGAUUUAGAAGUUCUCUGUUUAACUGGUGUUGAGGAUAGACUUCAAGAUGGAGUUCGUCCAGCCUUAGAAGCUUUAAGAAAUGCUGGUAUACGAGUAUGGAUGCUGACAGGGGAUAAACUUGAAACAGCUGCUUGUAUUGCUAAAUCUUCCCGUCUAGUUGGUCGUGAUACGCCUAUGUAUAUAUUUCAACCAGUCAGUGGUCGAAUGGAAGCUCAUUUGGAGUUGAAUGCCUUCCGUAAACGUUGUGAUCAUGCCCUGUUGAUAACUGGAACAUCAAUGGAAACAUGUUUACGAUUUUAUGAGCAUGAAUUUGUUGAAUUGGCAAGACAAUCACCAGCUGUAGUUGUCUGUCGUUGUUCACCGACACAAAAAACACAAAUUGUCACCUUGUUAAGAUAUCACACGAAGGCGAGAGUAGCAGCUAUCGGUGACGGAGGUAAUGAUGUCGGUAUGAUACAAGCAGCUGAUCUCGGUCUUGGUCUAUUGGGUAAAGAAGGUCGACAGGCUAGUUUAGCUUCUGAUUUCAGCUUGGCCCAAUUCAGACAUGUUACCCAACUGUUGUUGGUGCAUGGGAGAAAUUGUUAUAAGAAUACAGCUGCAUUAGCUUUAUUUGUUAUUCAUCGGGGUUCAAUUAUCACUGUUAUGCAGGCAAUAUUCUCAGCUGUAUUCUACUUUGUUGCAAUACCAUUAUUCCCUAGUUUUCUACUUGUCGGUUAUGCAACAGUCUUCACUAUGUUCCCUGUAUUUUCUUUGGUACUUGACAAAGAUGUACCGGAUCGUAUUGCUAUUACCUAUCCUGAAUUAUAUAAAACACUGCAGAAAGGUCGUGAAUUGACUUUUAAAACAUAUUUCAUCUGGCAGUUGAUUAGUGUUUAUCAAGGUAGCGUGAUAAUGUAUGGUGCAUUGUUACUAUUCGAAGAUGAAUUUAUCCAUGUCGUAGCUAUUACAUUCACAGCUCUACUGCUUACUGAAUUACUAAUGGUUGCCAUCACUAUACGUACAUGGCAUCUGCUUAUGAUUUUAGCUGAAGUCAUAAGUUUAGCCAUUUAUAUUAUCGCUUUAAUUGUUAUGAAGGCAUAUUUUGAUUCUGUAUUUCUAAGAACAGUUGGAUUCGUCUGGAAAGUUCUAGCCAUCACAGGUGUCAGUUGUAUACCAAUUUUAAUACUGAAGUUCAUACACUAUAAAUUCAGACCAUCUAUUUACUCAAAAUUACAGUGAUCAUACUAUACACACACACACAUACAUACAUACAAACACCAUCUGUGAUUUCAUUGACAUUUCUGUCUGACUCCUUUCAAUUAAAUAAUGAUACUGACAUAUGAAAAAAGAACAUGUGGUCGCAUAAUUUACAUAUCGAAUCAUUAUUACUAUUAUUAUUAUUACUAUUGAUAAAAAGCCAAAAGAAAGAAACUAGAUUCUCAUGCAACUUUUUUUUUUUAAGAAAAACAACUUUUAUUUUCACAUGUUUUAUUGUUUUAUUUCUGUUUGUCUGUUUCGUCUUUUGUUGUUGUUACUGUUGUUGUUGUUGUUGGCGGUGGUGGUGGUUUUAUCCUAUGAAUUAUGUGGUUCCACUGCCUGGCCCGACUGCCGCCUAUUUUCUUCCAGUCACUAGAACACACCACACUACACUACCGCCAACCAACUGUUGUCUGUCUGUCUGUCUGCCAGUUGGGCAGUCAGUCAGUCAGUGAGCCUUCAAAACUAUCUCAGUUAAUGACACGACAAGAAGUAACAAUGGGUCAUACACCAUUUUUAAAAAUAAUCCUCUUUUCUUUUUAUAUAACCAAAAAAUUGUUGUCUGAUUUUAUAUAUUUUAUCAAUUGAGACUUUAUGUGUGAAAGGAGGCUUUUAAUUUAACCAGUAAUCAACAGGUAUGCUGCUUUAUAAUGUGAAGAGAGAAUCAUGUCGAGCAGUGUUCAUGCUUUUGUUUGUUUUAAUUUUUUGCUUUGAAAAAUCUCACAGCUGAUUCAUUGACGUGUUUUUGAUUGUUGUUGUUAUUAUCAUCAUCAUUAUUAUUAAUUUUAUCUAAAUCUGCACAGAACAGCAUCUAUCUGUCGUUCACUGUUGUUUUAUUCAGUUGUUUUUUUCAGUUAUUGAUUUUUAUUAAGUCAUGAUAGCGUGUGCGCCUCUUUCUGGUGAUGAUGAUAAUAAUAAUACACUGUGUGAUUGUUGUUAUUUGACUUUUAUCGAUUAUUUAUUUAUUUAUUUAUCUGUAUAUCGUGAUCUCUCUUGCCCUCUCUCUCCGUCUCCUUCUUCUUUCUCAUUUUUUUCGUUGGAGAUUCAUGUUGUUUCUUGAUCAAUGAUGACAUUGUGUAUUUUGUUUGUUUUAAUGUCUCAAUAUUAUUAUGAUUAUUAAUGCAGAAAUUUAAAAUAUAUAUACUUGUAUCGAUUUUCAGUAGUCUAUCGGUGUGGAUAUAUGUAUGUUGAUAUAUAUAUAUAUAUGUGUGUGAACAUUAAGAGAGUUUCUUGUUUCAUAUCGUUUCAUUUUGUUGGCGUG